CUCCGUUCCCAGCUUAUCAUGUACCCAUGCAAGCCAGGUCGUGUCUCCUGUGCCAGCCUCUCACUGUGUUGUCUCCUGUAUUGUUAAGUACAGAUCCCUAGGCCUACUUCUCCUAUCUGGUGAACGCGUUUAUUUAUGUCCUGUGCAUGUCUCAUUCCAACGCUGUCUCUUUGACAGCUAGCCUAGUUCCCACAUAGGAUCUCUCGGCUACUGUUUCAUUUCUCUACUACCUUAGAGGACUAGAACGACAGUUCCUUAGUUUUUGCUUAUUACUGUGGUGUCUUCUAUCCAUUAUUAAUCGACUGUGCACACGACUGUUGCGAUAAUAAUUCCUUGCGAUUUAGGGCGAAUAUCGCAGACAUUUUACAACGCUUCAAUGUUGUAUCGCCUUUUUUUCUCCCUCUCUUUCUCUUUCUCCGCCUCAAGUAUCGAUUUAUGCGUCGUGCAUACACACAACGGGCAACGGACAGGUAGCCACGUUGUACCCCGCACACCCGUUAGGUUGCAUUUGUGUGGUGGACACAACGGCCUAGACGCGGGAUAUUUUGUUCGUGGUUACACGAAAUAUCGACUAAGGGCAGAAGAUCCCAUCGAGCUCGAAAAACUAGGUUCGGCAAAACGAUGGUCGUUUUAGUUCCCACAUGUAGAUCUAUGUAGAGACGCCACGCCCCACGAUCAUCCGUUUAGAACGUAGAUAGUUCGCAAGCUCUGAUCCUAAUUUUCUGUGGAUAUUUCUGAUCCCUUGUACGGGAAAUGAAAACUGG